AUGGCAGAGGCAGCGCCGCCAAUGGCCUCCCCAGCUGGUUGGGUGAACUACAAGGUCGACUCAACGGCGAGAGGAGAGACCAUGUACGCGACAUCACUCCUCGCGAUGGCAGCCAUAGUCCUCGAGUCUGAUUAUGCUUCGCCGGGUUUCGUCUCAGCUAUCCUGGUCGCCCAUGUCAUCAAAAUAGAGCGCUAUCUUGAUGUUCGUGCACCGCAAUACCACGCUAUUUUCAUCUUCCUGAGUGUCGCGUUCAACACCAUCGUGACGGCGUCGAUCGUUUACCGUCUGCUUCGCGCCAGCUCAGCACUUCGAAAGUCACUUCCAGGGUGGAAGGACUCGGCUUACAAGGGGUUUGUGGCUAUCCUCGUCGAAUCUGCUCUUCCCCUUGCUGCAUGUGGUCUUGCACGCGCCUCAAUGGAAGUCUUCGACAUCCGGGCAUCCAGAUCGAUGAACCUCCUGGUGAGCACGGAAACAUGGUUCAGGCUCACAAUUUUUGGAGUCUUUGUCGACAAACUCUACCUUAUUGUCGCUGCAAUCUCUCCCCAGUUGAUCAUCUUUCGCUCCGAUCGCAUUCGCCGGUGGAACGAGCCACUUGUCCACAAUAACAAUUCCAUCUCUCUCUACUGA